AUGAUCCUCCGACGAGCGUUCCUGACGGUGCUUGGAGGCCCGGCUUACCACACCACAGGCCACCUCACCACAGGCCACCUCACCGCAGGCCACCUCACCGCAGGCCACCUCGACUCCAUCGCCAUUCUUCCCCGGCGCAGAAAGCAGUCGCUUGCGGUGCGGUUGAAUCGCCAGCACGCCAUGGCCUUUUCGUCGCUCAUCCCGGCGCGCACUCGAAAAUUUUCACGGCCGGUCCGCGUGCUGCCGAGCAUUGCGGCGGCGCGAAUGGUGUGCCUGGAGCGUGCGGUUCGUACGACGUAA